AAACUGAUUUGUGUUUAGCUGCAUCUGAUGGAGCUGUAUGUAAUAGUUCUUACUUUUAUCGCUUUUCUGUCAUCUAAUGCAGAAUUUGUACGAGAAGAAUUAGAAAUUUAUGUGUGCUCUGACUCAGAAAGUGAAGCUAUGGUUGGAGCUGAUGGAGAGGAGUUGUGGCAUGCUGACUUUAAGCAGAAGACUGGAAUAAUAACAUUACCUGAUUUUGCAGAUCGUAUUGGAUUUCCUGGGUUUUAUGAAAUAAGUGUUGAUUCAAUAGCAGGAUGCAGAAGGAACUUAGCGAACAACAUUAGAGGUUUCAAGAGCCCACCACCAGCAAUGGAUGCACCACAUUCAUCUGUUUAUCCAAAGGAUGAUGUAGAGCUGGGUGUUCAGAACUCCCUUAUCUGUCAUGCGACUGGCUUCUAUCCUCCAUCUAUUACAAUCUCAUGGAAAAAGAAUAAUAAUAACGUGACAGAGAGUAUUAAUUUAAGCCAGUACCGUCCAAGGGCAGAUGGCAGCUUCAACAUCUUCUCCACUCUUAAGUUCACACCAGCUGAAGGAGACAUUUACAGCUGCACAGUGAAUCAUGAAGCACUUCAGGGUCAAGCUCAGACCAAAACAUGGGAUGUUGACGUUGCCCUCCCAAGUGCUUUUCCAGCAGUUGUCUGUGGAGUGGGUGUGGUUUUUGGACUGCUGGGAAUUGCUGCCGGAACUUUCUUGCUUGUUAAAGGAAACUGCAACUGAAGAGAGCUAACUUGAAGAAACUCAACAGAGAACUUCAAAUGCAUUGUAAUAUUGAAAGUAACAUUGAUUUUAAUGGUAAUUGAAUGCAUGCAUUUUGGUUAAAUUUCAACAACAAUUUUACUGUGCCUUCAAAAACGAAGUGCGAUUAACUUUACUAUUUAUUAUCAAAUAUCUACAUUGGAAGUCUAAAAAAUCUCUUUUUUGUUGGUUUCUGAGUGGAUUUAAAUUGUGAAGCAUCAGUAUUUAAAAAAAAAAAUAAAUACAUACAAGAAUGGCUACUUAUUUGUUUGUAUUUUAUUUAUUUUUUAUAUUGACUUCACUAAUGAACCUGGAAAAUUGUGUUGAACUGCAGUUGAAUUUUAACUGCAAUCAUUUAAAAUUAAUUUACAAUAUAAGAUCUGUAAAAGCAUUCCGUGUUCCUAAAUGGCAUUCUAACUAGGGAUAAGUCAGUUUUGUUCACAGUUUCCUCGUAGGUCCUAUGAAAUGCCAAGAAAUGAAAAAGAGUAGUGUGCACAAAAGCAUGUCAAAUAAAACAGAAACUGUGUUGGAAUUAAUUAGGUAAUAUAAGGUAUACACACAUAAAGUACAAAUACACAUACUGUAUCUGAAGUUCUACCAGUGGUCAAAGUGACUGCAUGCAUAUCAGUGUCUGUUACAGUCCCGUAGAGUAACUGCAAGUAUAUAGGCUGUUUUACCAAAAAUAUCAUAUUUGGGGGUAAUGACUUCAUUAAAUAUGAUAACAGACAUUCAAAGCUUAUUUUAAAAUCUCAAUAAAAGUUUUGAAUAUAAAUAUGAUGUGACAAUUUGGCAUCUUAUAUGAGAACAGUCAGAAUGACCACUAUGGCAUUUCUAGUGGUUUUAUAUAUCUGGUAGUUCCAGUGUCCAGACAAGUUUUUAAAGGCAAGUUUGGCCCAGUGUGUUGAGGCUAUGAGCUUACACAGACCUUGUGUGAACACAAAAAGAGUAGCUGUACAGUGUUACAGGUUGUAACGUGACUCCUGAGUAGUUUGUCUACUGUUGUAAAAUUCUUGAAGGAAAGUUUGGCCAAGAGUAAAUGCGGCUGUCAAAACAACAGAGCAGAUUGGUUUAGUCUGCAUUGUUGCCAGCUGCAAAGUUAUUCCCCACUAGUUCAAUGGAUGCAGGACCUUUUUAAUUUUCACCUACUUAAAGCCUGGUUAAAGUGUCACGUUGCUUCCA